AGAGCAUAGCAGCUGCCCGUCUUCAUUUCACCAAGAUGCUCUGUGGCUACGACCAGGAAGAAGAGACAAAGCGCAGUACCACACGUCCGGUCUUUACGCACUCCCGUCGAGACCAACAUCAAUCCUCGGACAAUCGCAGAGGAGCUAUCAACAUCCCUUACCAGCACUAACUAGUCAUCGUCCCUGCUCUUCAAGUUGCACAUAAUUGCACUGGACACACGAUGUGUCUACCCAGCCUCGGAAGCAUGUUGAUCUCCAUCCAAGGCCCCGAUGUUGAGCUUCGGCAUACACGCACUUCCCUCUCCUACACCUGGCGCGGCAUGCGGAUCAUGCACUCAAUGAACCCCACCAUUGUCCACAUAGGCGAUGGGGUGAAUGAUGUUUUCCACGUCGGGGACGAACCAGAAAACGGACAUGCUGUUGGGAACGGCGCUUGGAUACAACCAACCUACAAUCUUACUGUUGAGCGCCGCGACGUCGGCGGCAUUGCUGGCCUCCUGCGCGCAGUGCGGAACGUCUUUCGAGCUGCGAUGCAAAGAGUCCGCCAACUUGGAGCCGCAGCUGUGGAACGAUGUCUUGAUCUUCGACGAAACCUUGCUGCUCUCAGUCCGGGAGGAUGGUGCAUACUCCUCUUUCUCAACAUCUUCCUCGUACCCCUCGCCCUGACCGGUGUCACCAUUCUCUUUUGGCUGGCGAUUGUUUGGCUGGUGCUCUAUGGUGUCUAUGAAGUGACCGACCGGGUGGCUUACCUCACGGCGCGACUGCUGGACGGACCCGUGGAGACCGCUAUCGCGAUCAUCUGGAACAUGGCUCGGAGUGGGCAGGCUUACUUGAUCAGGGAGGUCGCCUCGGCUGAGCCGCAGCCGGCCCCCAGCUCACCAGCUCAGCAGCCGCCGGAUCGGCGACCACAGGAUCAGCAACCACACCAGCAGCUUUCGGGUCAACAAUCGCCUGGUAUGCAGCCAGAGCAACAAGGGUCUGGCCAACAUAUCUUGGGUCAACAUAUUCCGAGUCAACAACAAGCCCCCGGUCAGCAGCCCUUAGACCAACAAGCUUUGGAUCAACAUGCCCCGGAUCAACAGGCUUCGGGCCAACAAACUCCAGGUCAACGACUACUAGACCGACAAGCUGCAGAUCAACAGGCUCCCAACCAACAGGCUCCCAACCAGCAGGCUCUCAACCAGCAGGCACCAGUUCAGCAAUCCGUACGUCAACAAGCCGUGGAAGAAGGUCCUACCGAACAGCAGGCUCCAGUUCAGCAACCGGAUGGUCAACGAGCCCAGGGCUAGCAACC